UUUGUUUCUCUCUUUCUCUUUCCUUUUUUUUUUUUUUAAACAAACUUUUUUUUUUUGGGACAAAAUGAUGUUGUUACGGAGAGUACUUCCUAUGGCCAAGUACAAUGUUCCCAGAAUUGCCACCGCCACGCCAAUAACCGGUUUUCGAUUCAUGACCACGCUUCAACCUCAAACAAAAGUUGUUUUCGAUGAUAUCCUUACUGAAAGAGAACGACCUGAAUCAUUAUCCUAUUUCACUGGUAACUUCAAAUACAACGAUCUCUUGAUUGAAUUAGAUAUGCUGUAUAAACAAUAUGCCGAUUGGAAACCAACAACCACUCAAACCAUUACCGAAACUCAAGAAGGAACAUCCGUCUUGUCAGUGGAAGAACAAGCAUCUUUGACUGCUGUAGCUGAAAAGACAUAUGCCUGGAAAUUGCGUGACAAGAUGUCUGAAAUGUUAGCUAUUCCUUUGAAGACUUCUCAAUGGCGAAAGAUUACUUUGCAUUUGAACCAACUUGCAUCUUUACCUCGACCUUUACCUCCUCAAGUAACUCAAGUAUUAUCUGCCUAUGAACGUUUUGACUCUACAGCUUUACAACGACAAAAUGGUGAUAAACAUAGUGUAUCGAAAGCAUUGGAUGAUAUGGGUCGUGCUUAUGCUGUGGGACGAAGAAAGGAAUCAAGUGCUCGCUGUUGGGUAGUGGAAGGUGAAGGUAAAGUACUUGUCAAUGGUAUGGAAUUACAAGAUUACUUCAAACGACCUGUAGAUCGUGAUCAAGUUGUGUUACCUUUAACUGCUACUGAAUUGACUGACAAGUACAAUGUAUGGACUAUUGUUACUGGUGGUGGUACCACUGGUCAAGCUGAAGCUAUUAAAUUGGGUGUGGGAAAGGCUUUAUUGAUUCAUGAUAGUGAAUUGAAACCUACUUUACGAAAAGCUGGUUGCAUUACUCGUGAUCCUAGAGUUGUGGAACGUAAGAAGGAAGGUCAACGAAAGGCCCGUGCAAAGUAUACCUGGGUCAAGCGUUAAAAUGUCAUAUCAAGUACCAAUAUAUUAUUUUCAUUCUUUUUUCUUUAUUCAAAUCAUUUGUACAUUUCCUUAGUUUUUUUUUUUUGGCUUUUUCUUUUUUUACUCUUCAUAGUUUAGACAAUCAUUACCAAAAUAAAAGAUAUUUAAAAUUCC